AAAUUUUGAUAGGGUUUGCUUACGUCCAUUGUUUUAUCGCAGUUUUUAAUUUUUGGUAAUAAUUAUCAUAUUAUUAAUAUCACUUGUGGUUUUGUGCCAAUGACAAUGACAAAUUAAUUCAUUUCAGCGGAAUAAUGGAAUAUUCAUGCAUAAAUUUAUAGCAUUAGCACAUGAUUAUAGCUUUGUUUGCAGUCCUAAUUAGUUUCGAUUGGUCAGGGAUUUCUUAAUGGAACAAAUAAAAAAUUUUACUUUCAGUUGUCACAGAACACUUUUGGAAUUGUUUAGGUUGUAAUUCUAUGAGUUGUGAUGACUAAUUAGAAUCCACUGGCACGUGGAAAAGCAACAAAGAUUUUUUGUGACACAAUGAUGGUUCAAGGUUGAAGUUUAAAGUUUUGGCAAAUGGUUUAUAAUUGGCGUUUUUUUUAUUUUUAUACAUAAUUUUAAUAUAUAAUCAAUAAUACAAUGUCAUUGAAUAACAUUCGUAAUGAUUGUUUUUUCUAGGUUUGUGGCUUUCACAAAUAGACACCCCAUUAUAAGGGGAAUGCUUUCAUAUGGAACAAUUUGGCCCGUAUCUUGUAUUAUCCAACAAACCAUUGCUGGUAAAACAUGGGAAAAUUAUGACUGGCUACAUGCGCUAAGGUUUAGUUUAUAUGGUGGACUCUUUACUGCACCAACUUUAUAUGGAUGGAUAAGAUUAUCUUCAGCAAUAUGGCCUAAAAAUACCUUUAAGACAUCAAUAACAAAGGCCAUAGUGGAGCAGUUUACAUAUGGUCCAUUUGCCUUGAUAUGUUUUUUCUUUGGCAUGAAUAUUUUGGAAGGAAAAAGUAUACAAGAGGCUGAAACUCAAAUUAGAGAAAAAUUUUUUCCAUCAUGGAAAGUUGGAAUUUGUGUUUGGCCUGUUGUACAAACAGUAAAUUUUUUAUAUAUCCCUGAGAAGAAUCGAGUACCUUUUGUCAGUGCUUGCAGUUUAGUAUGGUGCUGCUUUCUGGCAUAUAUGCAUGAAUUACAAUUGAAACAAAAACAAAUAGGACACUCAAUAAUGAAAACGAGUUAAUGAAUGAGAAUAGUCAAAUAUUUAUAGCAAAAUUAUAUUUAUUGUACAUAGAAAAAGGACCAAUUAUAAUAUCAUUUUUUUUAAUAAAAUUGAUUAAAUUGUA